GUAGAUGUGAUCCUAGAAGGUCAAGAAAUAUUUUGGAAUCAUGGCUUCAGUUGAUCCAAAUGAUUUAGCUGGUGAUUUAACUCAAAACUUGGAAAACUCCCUAAAAGAAGAAAAGGCCAGAAAUGAAUCAGACUCAGAUAAAAAAUCCUUCAUCAAAGAUGAUAAUUGUGGUAUUAAUAAAAAGGAUUAUCAUGAAAAUGAAAACUCUCAGCAUCAAAAAUGCGGAACUGAUGUACCAGUAGAUGAAGUUGAAGCAGGAGAAAGUGACUCUGAUGUAGAUAAAUGUACAAAACCGGAUGAGAAUGAUAUAGUUGUAGAUGAGGAAUACAUGAAGAAAUUAGAAGAAAAAAUGUCAGAAGAAGAAAAACAGGUUAGAAAAGAUGAAGCCCAGGCACUUAAAGCAAAUGGGAACAGCCACUUUAAGGCCAGUGAGUUUCAACUUGCUAUUUGCUCAUAUACCCAGGCACUCCAGACAUGUCCACUUUGUUUUCAAAAGGAAAGGGCUAUCAUGUAUUCCAACAGAGCUGCAUGUAGACUCCAUUUAGUAAGUUUUUGA